GCGACAUGAGCGCUUCCAAUCGGCGACAGCAUCUCUGAAAAAUCUGGCAACUCUGGAUUCUGGAAAUGCGUCGCAAGCAGUUGCUAGUAAGUCAUCUGAUCAGACAAGAUUUGUUAUUUAGAUCUGUUAAUUCUAAUCGAUUCGACUCCGAAGACAGACUUAAGACCAUUUUCGAAAAAGAUUUGAUUCAACAUAUACUUUACUCUUCAUUUUCGUUUAAUGUUUUCAACGGAAUGUUCGCUGUUUUUGAGUGCAUUAAAAUUUGGAAGUCGCACCCACAUAAUAUGCGUGUAUAAUAGUGUAUAUAAACUAUGAUAUACAAAUUUAUACGUAAAAAUGAAUAAUCAUAAGAUAUCUUUUGGAAUAAGAGCACAUUAUUUAAAGCAUUUCUAAAUGUUUCCAAAGACUCUUUAUUUGGUGAUUAUACAUACCCAAAGGAUACAAAAGAAAACGGAAACAUGGAUAGAGGACAUGGUGCCACCUACAUAGGAAGUGAUAGCCACUUACUCGAAUACUGGGAAGAAUAUCAGAAAAUGAUAGAAGAAACAAAAAUGUUGGAUGAUUAUUUAGAUGAAGAAUGUAGCUCCCGAAGUUAUGAUGAAGGAGAAGAAGAAGCUGAAUGGUUACAUGCAGCUGGUUUAGGACAAUUAACAGAGGCGUGGAAGGCAGGCAGGGAAAUUCAACCUGAGGAAUUAGGAGCAGUUUUGCGUCCUCUGUCACGAGCUCAAGCAGAAACUGUGAAACGUCGCGUGAGAUCGCUUAAUCAUACAGUUAAACAAUGUUUUAAUCAACGCCAACGUGUUCGCAAACCAGAUAUUAGAGAUGUCUUUAAAGAUGUAGAGGUUUCUAGCACAGGUACACGAUCACGUAGUGCCACACCUGAUUCUUUAGAUUCAAUUCGAGACGCUACAUCAGAAAAUGCAUCACCUCCUUCACCUCCAAUAGUCAAUGUGAUCGAAGAUGCGCAUCAAAAUUUUGUUUCUACAUUCCACCGUACGUCAAAUGAAAGAAAAACAACAGUUCGUAGAACAUUAAAUGUUCCCCAAACAGUUGUCAAUUUUGUGCCCGCUUCUGUGCCCGUGCAAGAAAUUUUUAGAAGGGCCGGAAAUUGGUCGAGAGGGGAUGUCGCAAAUGAUUCUGAAGGAAUUCAGUUGACCGGCUACCACAGAUUGGGAACAAUACACAUUGCCAGGCCACUUCAGAGAAAUAACAAUUGUGGUCUUAAUGAUGUAGCAAAUUUAGAUACUGAAUCAGUUAGAAAAUUGGCUGGCUCAAAGGAAUCAACUCUUCGACGGAGUUCAGGAAAUCAUGUGACAGUAACACGAAGUCAUAGCAGUUUAUAUGGCUUAACUAGACCAGCGGAUGGAAAUUUAAUAGCUCGUUCAUUAAGUCGUACAUCGUCACACGGUCAUCUUAGUUUCGAGGAGAUGUGCAAAACUAACGAAGCGAAAUCUCAAAUGUGGUCUGCUGACAAUCUUAUUACCAAUGACGAUUAUGCUCGGCAAGAUAUAGAAUUGUUAUCGCAACGAGAUUUUAUGAGAUUACAGCCUCUUUUAUGGCUCGAGCUAACGGCGAUUUUUGAUAAAUAUAAUAUACCGCUUUCGAGACGAAAACCCAAUAAGCGACGAAGGAAAGCUGGAAAUUUGUUUGGCGUUUCUUUAUCGACAUUAUUACUCAGGGAUAGUCAAUUAACAAGUGAAGAAAAUAACAUACCACUAGUUUUUCAAAAAAUCCUUAAUGAAUUAACAAAACGUGGAGUAAAAGAAGAAGGUAUACUUCGUGUUGGAGGUCAUAAGCAAAAAGUGGAAAUAAUUUGUACGGAACUAGAAACAGAUUUUUAUUGUAAACCAAAGGAGAUGGAUAAGUUGUUUAAACAUACUCCGUGUCACGAUUUGUCAGCCGUUCUGAAAAAAUUAUUACGAGAUUUACCGCAACCUCUUUUUACUAUCGAAUUGAUUGAUGCUUUUUAUCAAAGUCAUGGUGUCAAGAAUCCUAAUGACUUGGUAUAUUCUCUUAAUUUAUUGGUGCUGUUGCUACCUGUCGAGCAUCGGUGUACUUUAGAAGCAUUGUUAAAUUUUCUGAAGUUGGUCAUCGAAAAUCAGACAUCGAAUAAAAUGUCAAUACAUAACGUGGCGAUGAUAGUGGCACCAUCGCUUUUUCCACCCCGAUAUGUUCAUCCUCAAGAUCAUACCGAUUUAACCGCUCAGGUUAACAUGGCUGCUAUAUGCUGUCGAGUAACGGAAGCUCUGCUUAACAAUGUCGAAAAGUUAUGGUACGUUCCGAUGGAGCUUAUGAAUCAAUUACGAAGACAGUCUGAAGUAGAAAGAUAUCGCAAAUACAAGAAAAAAUAUUAUUAA